AUGGUUACCCGCCCGGACCCAGUUCUCUUCGUCAGUGCGUUCACUGCCAUCGUUAUCGUGCUCAUCAUCUACCGUAUGCCUGAUAUCAUGACACGACUCUAUCACUUUACUCCUACCGUACCAUGGCUACAGUUUGAUCCAGAGGAUGCGAUAAGUGCAAAGCAUCGACUACAUCUUCACAACGGACAGUGGAGGUUUCGCAAUGCACCAGACAUUUACGGAGAUUGUGAGAGGAUAUGGGCGAAAGCACCAAGAAAUGAUGAUGGCAGGGCGACGGAUUCAAUAACAGCGACCAGCAGUCGAGAAUUUCUAAUGGCGCAAAAAAAGAUCGGUAAAGGUUGGAAUAAAAACGUUUAUGAGAUCCAACUUGACCAAGGACGAUUUGCUUUGAAGACGUUGAAUUUGAAAGGAACUGCGAUUCGACGAUGUCAACAAGACACCGCAACAACAAUAAAUCGCUACUUUAAUAGUGAAGAUUGCCUGGACAUGGCCAUUAGGCGUUUUGUCCGCGAAAUAGGUGUACUUAUUGAUCUACAAGCCGACGAAAAUGUUCCGAAGCUGUUCGCGUAUUGUAUCCCACAAGAUGCGCAUCAGAAUGCGGAUCGAUUGGCCAUGCUCAUUGAAGGUGGUCAUCCCAUCGAUAUGGUUAUGUUGAUACAAAUCGACUGGUUCAAACGGCUCAAACUGUUGAAUGAAAUUGUCGCAUUUCUUCAACGAAUUCGACCAUACACGCUAAACGAUCUGCGAAGACAACAGUUCGUUCUGAUCAAUAAUCGACCUGCGUACGUCGACUUUGACGAUGUUACAUUCAGUGGACAGUCUUCAGAUGUGAACAAUCAAACUGCAAGGCAUCUGUAUAACGCGUUCAUCAAAGACCUCUUCUGGUAUGGCAAUCCGCAAGAGGUCACUCACUUGAUCGAUUCCUUAAAGUCUGAUUAUGAGUCAAGAAUGCUGUCAAUAGAAAUGAUCGAAUCGACAGCGAAUCAUCUCAAAACCAUAACCAACUUCAACAAGACGUUGUCUUCAUCAUUAUCAUACACCGUUUCAUCGCCAUGA